AUGCAGUAUUUCUUGACCUCAGCAGCUUUAAAAUGUGUGGCCUUCAACUCCCAGAAUUCCCCAGCCAGCAUCUAGCAAGAUCCUUAUCUAAAAACGUGUUUGACCUCUUUUUAUUGAAAAGGAUAAAAAUGGUUCGUCAGUUAUAUUGGGCCUGUCAAGUUGCUAGCAUAGUUUUCCCCUUCUGAUCUGGCCAUCUUUUUCCCCUUCGCCUAACCCACAGGUGUCAAACACGCGGUGUCACGUUGCCGUCACAUGACGUUUCACAACGUUUUCCUCCUUCACGGGGGGAGGGGGGAGCUGCCAGUUUGACACCCCUUCGCCUAGCCUAGCUGCCCUCUGCUAGAACCUCCGUUGCCCUCAGAGCGGGGAAGGUGGGUCCAUUGUCCAUGAAUUUCUCCAGUUGAUCAGCAGAGGUAGAGUUCCCUUCUAGGAUUAUUUUUUUAAAAAUGUGUAUCAUGCAUUAAUGAAAAAUCAAUAAUACUUAUUAACUUGUUCACCACCCAACUCUCAACUAGGCAACUCAAAACAAUCCAAAUAAUUACAAUAAAACAAAAGGAAAAGUUAAAGGAUGGCCAGUGCAGAGUCUCCCUCCCUGACCGAAGCCUCAGUGAAGAGGCUGCUUUGAGCUCUUUUGAGGGGAAAAGAUGCUCCCAGACUCCUCCUCCAUGUUUGGCCAGGAUGAGCUCUGAGUUCCUCCAUGUAUUCCUACCCUGAAUCAGUGACAUCUGAAGCACUUCCUCUGGCUUUCAUCAUAAACACCGCAGUAGCGCAUGCUGAAUUCUAGAACCUGAUUCGAGUUCUGACAUGUCCACAGAGCAGAGGGUGUCCUGCUGGUCACAGGUCUUGCAUGGGGGGACCUUGCUGUGCAGAACUCAGAUUGUCAAAUUAAGACCUGGCUGUCAUGAACCGGAGCCGCCACACACACACACAGCCAGCUGCAUAUUUCCAUAAUCCUCUUUGUGGAAACCAGGCAGAAGAAAGCCCAGCAAAAGUGCAAGUGGUGUCUGAAAAGCAAUCCAGGCUCCCGAAAGAAGCUCCAGGUAUGAAGGCUGAGGGGACUGGGCUGUUUUGUAACACGGGAGAGCCCAGGGCCCAAGCGAGGACAGGUGUGCUGCUUGAGGCCAGUCAGUGCUCAGGUGGAGUUGCAGUUUCAGGAAAUGGCAGCUUCGUCUCUCAAGAGCUUCUCAGUCCUGCCUCGUCUGAAGAAGAAGAAGAACCAGCCUUUGCCAGACAGGCUGGGGAAGAGAAGUUUCAGAAUUCAGGCCAAGAAAUGAAUGCCGUUUUUAACAGUCCAUCAGUUCAGCAAGAAACGUUUGGCACACCCAGUAAACACAGCCUUGCUCUGGCUUUGGAAGCUUGCCCACCAGGCAUGAGGCUUGAAACCACAGGUCAGGCUUUUGAAGGCAGCACACCUUGGGGUGACCGCAUGGAUCUCUCUGAGGCUGCCCGUGAAGUACAAGAGGGAAGCUUAAAGAGCAGUCCGAGCGAUGGAAGGAUGGAGGAUCUGGGAGAAGCCUCUGAGCUGCAAAUGGCUGAGGCUCCGUUACAGGCAGGGAGCCCUCGGGGAGAGCUGUCCAACGUUGAGCACAAGAGGGAUGACAGCGUGGAUCUUUUUUCUAGCCCUGUGCAUAAAGGAAUAAUUGACAUCCAGAAAGGAUCUGCUGUGCACGGCUGCUGGAGAGGAGGUGGAGAACGUUUUCCUUCAGAACACGGCAGAUUUCUAAGUCCAGAUGAACAGCUAACGGGGCCAAAAGACCGGCAUUCCGAAAUUGGCUGCUCCUCCCUUUGUGAUGUUGUCCAAGCAGCAUUUGAAGAUGAGCUAAGAGUGAGCUCUUCAGAGGCCAGCAGUGUUCAAGAGGAUAGAAGUUCUUCUCUCAGCCAUGAAAAAUGUAUCACUUUGGGAAAAGGAAAUGGAGCUCUUUUGUUGAAAAGAAAUAACUUUGGGUUCUUUCAGAACAGUUGCAGUAUAAAGUCUGCUUCUGCGUUUCUCAGCUGCUUGGCUCCUCAGCUGAACUUGAGGGGGAAUGGCUUGCCCCUCCGAGUGGAGCCUAAGGACAAUCUGAGGACGGCCCUCCUGCUCUAUGAUUUAGCUCUGCCUCGGUGUGCUACCAGUUCUUUCCGUGUCACAGAGAUCAGUGUGUGUGCUGAUGAAAAAAGCCUUAAAGUCCCUCAGCUCCAUGGCCCAUCUCCAAUUGCCCAGAAAGCUGACCCAGGCUCAGGUCAUGGAGGGCCCAUGGACAGCCUGUCUCCAGAGGGAGUCAUUGUGAUGCGAAGCACCGGUGCCUCGCUUCAUCACAAGGAAGCAUUUGCUCCAAGCCAAGCCAUUGGCAAACUCCAGGCAGUAAUGAAUGAAGGGGCCUGGGAGAUGGUCAGAUGGGUGCUGAGAGGGGCAGAAAAUGGGGAGAUUGCUAUGGAACCCUUCUGGAGAAAAGCACUCCGCUUUAGUGACCGAACCGUGAAUGAUCUUUCUUCUGCUCCAGAGGAGAUCUACGCCCUGGCAAGGAAUAUCUUCUUAGAUUGCAAAAAUCUGCAAAGAGGCAGAAGAGGGGCAGCCACCCAAAUCUCCUUCAGCUUGGGAAUAAGCCCAGCCCUUUUGGAGUCCAGUGUGAGAUUCUUUUCUCUCCAGAAAUGUUUCAGUUGCUCUCCCUACAGAAGUAACUGGGUGGCCUUGGAUAGGGCCGGAAGCCCCUUGGGCUCUGUUCAUCCUCUGGAGGUUCCUUGCUCUAAUCUGCCAAAGGCAGAAGCUGAAAACCAGCGUGUUGAUGGUGGAGAUGCUUUUGGUGGUUCCAAAAGCAUUCUGCAGAGGAAGAGUAAUAUUUUCUCUCCCUAUGGAAGAGUAGAAGUCCACAAAGCUUCCUUUGGAGCUGAUGCUGGUGGAAUGAAAACAAUAGGAAAUGCAACAGUACGUAACAAUACUAGACUGUUCUUUCAUCUUGCAUUUGAUGGAGACUUGAGCAAAACUUUCCUUCUUUGUAGAGCCACUUUUAGGAAAGGUCAGUGCCUAGAAGAGGAAGAACCAUAUCGGAUUCACCCCUCUUCCCCAGCAUGUCACCUCUCUUACUUAAAUAAAAAAGGCUCCUCUUUAUGUACUAAACAUUCAGCUCAGCAGAGGGAACCCAUUUAUCAGAUGAAAAUAUUUCUUUAUCCAUGUUAUUUCCUUGAUUGUUGCACCUUGUUUGAACAGAAAAAUGAUUCACCAAAGACAGAGUUUCUAAAAUGCCAGCAGCCUUCCUUAAUUUUCUACAAGAAACUAAGUCAUCAUGAUUUGCAAACUGUUAUCAGUUCGGCUAUAAAAUAUGUCCGGUGUAAUAAAAAUGAAUCAUUGCAUUCAAAGAUGGAACUGAAAGUAACCCCACCAGCUCCUGCACUUUUAACAGAAUAUCAUCAAGGUCCAUUUCAAGAAAUCAUUGUUGAAUCAUCCAAUAAUAAUACAGGGUCAGAAUUUACUGGCAAUCAACUGAAUGAAGACUUUUUAGAAUCACAAAGUCCCAGGACACUAUUCAGAUGCUCAGAGUCUACUUCUGAGUUACUGAACCAGAAUGAUUUUGUGAAAAAUCGGGCUCAGUCGAAGACCGAUGAUCUCCAUUUUGCCUCUGAAUCAGUCCACAAAAGUCUAUCAGAGUUCAAUAUUAUAAAUGGAUUAUUGUCUGCCAGCAAAUUGGUUUCAUCUCCUUUUCAAACAGGCUCUACAGUGUCUGCCAAAAUUAAAGGUCAGGAAAAAAUGAAAGGACUACUUUUAAAAUCAUACAGAAAAAGAAAAAUACCUAGCUUGAUAUCUGCAGGCUUAGGCUCCCAGAAUAAAAAAAUGUGCUUAUUUCCAAAAGAGGCAGCAUUAAUGUCCCCUUCUUUGAAAGCUCACAGCUCUCCUCCUGCCCAGCGGCACUGCCGAGGGGCUCUCCUGCUUGAAAGAGAAGCUGAUGGCUGCAGCCAGCCCUUCGGUUUGGGAAGCGAAAGGCUGAGCAGCUCCCCCAGACGAGAUGCGGCUGCAGCCUGCCCUCUAACUCACAAGAGGACAUGCCAGCGUUUCAAGGGUCCCAGCGGAGGAGCGCCUGUAUCCCUGUAUCCUUUAGAGCAGUUCUUGGAAGCCAAACAGGAUUUGGAAGCCAGCCCAAGAGAGGCCGGCCGGACAGCUAGGAUGGCGGAAGGAUUUCCAGUUCGCAUUCUUUCUGACACUAAGGAGUCUUCAGAAGCCCUCCUGGAAAAUGUAAUGCUUCCUUUCAGGGGUGGGAAGGUCACAUUUUCAUUCAAGGCCGCGAUACACCCAGGACUUCCUCUUGGCUUACCUGAAGGCAUUUCAGAAUCUGAUUCCAGGAAAGCCACAGAUUCCCCAGAGCCAUCGGUGACCUGGGGGCAUGUAGAGAGCCCGAGUUGUGCGCUACAGGCGAAACUUUUCUCUUCCUCAAUGAAAGCAGCAGAAACCCUCUGCAGCUCAGUGUCAUCAUCUUCUGGCCUAAAAGGUGGGAGGUUAGCAAGCUCCCCCACAGGGCCCAGUAUGAAAGAAAGACGUUUGCUGAAGGUCGAGAGCGGACAGGAGCUGGCAGGAGGCUCAGAGAAAGGGCUGGAAGGGCACAUGGUGGCUGAGCGUAUCGGGAGGGGAGAUUCUGAAGCAGGGCCUCAGCUGCCACCCCCAAAAGCCAAGCCCCAAGUGGGAAGGAGCCUUGCAACUGGACAGCCUCCAGGCAACGUCUCCAAUGAGAAUGCUGCACGGCCCACUUUGGCAUCUCUAGGAAGAGCCGGGCAGAAGAGGCGGCAGCAGGAACCCCCUUUCCACACGCGAAGCGAAUCAAAAAGGCAAAAGAGAGGCCGCAGGUGGGUAGAGACGGCAAGCCUGAAUCUUCACUUCUGGAAUCGUAGCCGGCAGGCCAACCGGUGGCCUAGCUCCAUUGGAGCUUUCAGCAGCUUCGCUCGAGCUGUUGGCUGCCGUCAAAGCAGAAGCACUGGCAUCUUUGGGUAUUUGCGCCUGCAAAGACCUUUUCCAACAUUCGGGAAAGUGGCCUGCAUAAAAGUUGGCAUGCCAAACCGGCGAAGGGCACCAAAACCUCUGGCAUCCAAGGGCCCCUCUGAGACGUUCCCUGGGGAAAGGGGGCAGCUUGUUUAUUCUGCACAAUUAGCCACUGAGCCGGCAGCCCCGCAAGCCAUUCUUUGGGACCCCCCAGCAAAGCAGCAAGGCCACCGGAGCAGCACUCUGACCUCCUUCUGGCUCACCGGGCAGCCCAAAGAUGCCGCCUUGUUGACGAGGCUCUCCUGGUUAGCUGAGAAAUUGCUGCCCCCCCUAUGCCAGCCCUUCCCGCCUCGCAGGGUGCUGCUUUCUUCAGCUGCCAAGUGGAGCCCGCUUAGGAGGAGGAGGAGGCUGCUGGAAAUCUUCUCCUUCGUCAGUUUAAAGUUGCGCUCUCCCCCAUGGUUCAGCAGCUGCUGCUUCAAGAUGGAGGGCUCCCAGGCUCUGCCCGUUUAUUCCAUUGAGUCGACAAUCCUGUGCUUCUUUGAGCUGAGCAGCGACAGUUCCUGCGGGUUCAGGACUCCGGUUUUCCCAGUGUCUUUCCCUCACCAAAUGGACAUUGGCCCCACCAGGAAGCUCCCCAAGACUGGGUCCCCAAGCCUCAUCCCCAGAUUUGCUCUGGGGCGUCCACAACUUCAGCAGCCCUCUGCGUGGAGCCUCUCUUUCCUUCUGCCUCAGAGAUGCCCAGAUAUCACGGGGGCAAUCCAGAAAGACGCUGAGCCCGGUUCUGCAUCGGCCUCCAAGGAGGGAAAGGCCAUUGCUCGCAGUACGGGCUGCCCGACCCCCGGCCUCCCUACAGCCUUAGCUUUGUUUUCCCCCGGCUGCUACCGUGCUUGGACGAGGAGAAGACGACACCCCAGCAGUCGAAUCCCAGCGGUCCAGCGGCUGAGCCAGCUGCAGUUUGCUCAGGGCUUAAAGGGGUUCCAGUGUUACACUUCUGUGUCGGCCGACCUCUUCCCUUCCUUGCCCUCUUUGCUGGGCAGCGUCCUGUCCAUCUGGAGCCAGCAUGGACCGUCCACCCAUCUCUCCGAAUCCACUGCUCUGCAUUCCAGUUCCAGCAAAGGACAAGCAGCCCUCCCUGCCACGGCCGGCCUGAGCCACAGAAGCAGCCUAAGUUUGCCUCCCCUGGUGCCCGGCCUGCCAAGUGACACUUCCAGGGCUGUGAAGAACGACGUGAGGUUGGAAUCCAUCUUGUCUGUGCUGUUGCCAACAUCUUGCCAAGCUCCCGAACCGGCUGACCCUCCUUUAGGCUUUCCAGCUCUUGGAUCUGGAGAUGGAGACGAAGCUUCUGUCCCGGCAUCGCCUAAGACUGGAGCUCAGCUUGAAAAAGAUGAGUCGGAGAACAGGCCAAAGAAAGUGUCUCAGAUCCGCAUUCGGAAGACGAUUCCUAAGCCAGACCCCAACCUCACCCCCAUGGGGCUUCCCAGACCAAAGAGGUUAAAGAAGACCGAAUUCAGCUUGGAGGAAAUCUAUACCAAUCAGAAUUACAAAUCUCCCCCAGCAACCAGGUGCCUGGAAACCAUUUUUGAAGAGCCAAAAGAGAAAAAUGGGUCUUUAAUCUCUAUCAGCCAGCAGAAGAGAAAACGGAUUUUGGAGUUCCAGGACUUCACCAUUCCCCGAAAGAGGAGAGCUCGCAGCAGAGUCCGGGUGAUGGGCGGCUACACUCGGGCGCAGAAGGCGGCCAUCGAAGGAAGGGAACUUGACGUCCUCCUCAUUCAGAAACUGACCGACCUUGAGACCUUCUUUGCCAAGGAGGAGACACAGGAACAAGCUUCAUCGGGUAGUUGAGUUUGGGUCAAUCUGCCGGAAGAGCUUGUGGCGCUUCAAUGAUCUGGUGUGCCUGGGAAGGGAAUCUUGUUUUCCCAAGGUUGGACCAACCUACCUGACUGAACCAUAUAGUGAUAUUUUCCUACAUGUUGGAGGAGAAUAAUUAAUUUCUGUUAACCUUAUGAAACAGCCCUGUCUUUAGCCUCCAUUGUCACAAGGAAUUUACAUCUGUGGGGUUGGUUUUUUGUUUUUUUUUAAUAAAAAAGGCUAAACAAAGGCUACAGCACCUUCAGAGACCUUAGGAUUGUAAAGACUUCCCGAAGUUAGCCGUGGGUUUGCCUCUGCUGCUCUUCUUGUUCUUGAACCCUAGUAAUGUGGCAGCCAGGACGAAGGAUUUUUAAGGUUUUGUUUUGUUUAGUUUAGUUUAGUUUUGUUUGUUUCUAGCAAAUCUCCUUAGUUGCAUCGUUGGGCAGCAGGGCCCACUGUGUCCAUCAGCAAGCAUGUUUUGCUCAAAGAAGAGAAGCUGUGUGUGGCAUCCAAAUUGUGUUCUGUGGCAGACAUACCUAGUUAUGGCACUUUGUUUGUUUUGCUGCAUGGGGACCCAGCACAGAGGUUCAUUAGAGACGCAGGAACCCUAGGAAGUGGCUUUGCUCUCUUCCGCCUUCAUCAGUCUGUUCUGCAGGCUUCCUCUCUCUUAUGUCUUGGAAUUAGGGCUAGCGAACUUGUAGGAAAUUUUAAUUGUGAUGUGACGCCAGAAUGCAAUGAGACCUCAACAAUCCUUCAUUUUUGUGUGUGUGUGUUCCUUCUACCACCUCGACUAUCGCUCAACACCUCUCCUUGAUUCCCAUUUCCUGAUUGUGACUUGUUUGGGUCCCAAAUGGAGUGAAUUGUACAAAUGCAGCAUAAGAAGGUGGUUGGGAGCAUGAGUAGCAGCGUGUUACUAGAUCCUGGUGAAAGUAGCAGCUGUAAGAAGCCACACGGAAGAAAUGUUAGACUUGUACUUUUCCUUAGGGGUGCUUGGGAGAUUUAAACAUUUAUCUUAAAUGAAAAUUUUACAUGAUGAUCAACAGCUGUUUGCUGUCUAUAGUGCCUAUAAUUUGGGGCAGGUUUAAUGGCUGAAUCGUUCAAAGGGUUUGCCUUUUGCUUCCUCUCUCUCAUCUAAAAUUUGCACUUUUGGUACCUUCAGGCUCAUGUGAACGCUUCAUAUCACCUGUGGAGUGGAGGCAAAUGAGGGUAUGCAGACAGGGAUGAAAAUGGUGGACUCUUCCUUGAGCUUGCAUUCCAUACCUGAACAGGCAAAACGAUGAAAUUGGCCUUGUAGAUGACAGAGGGCCUUAAAAACAGAGAAGUAGAGGGGCCUUGCCACACGUGUGCCUGGAAGUAGAAAUGUAGCAUUUCUGCUCCACAUUGUUUUCCCACUGAGAAAAAGAGAAUGGGAACCCAAUAGUUGAGAGCCAGAGCUGGUUUCCCGUCUGACUGGGUCAUUAUGUGUUUGCUGCUGCAUGCAAAUUGGUGACACCGGAGAGUCUCCCUUCGUACUUUGGAUCAUUGUAGAAGAUGCCCGAUUGUCUGUAAUCUCCACAUUUUGGGUGGGCUGAGCGGAAUCAUUUAUUAGACGUAUCCUUUUGUCCCAUAGUGGGAUUUUAUGACAUGACACGCCAGUACAGAUGCCAAUGUGGUGGCUCAGAGGUGGAACUGCUGCUGCUCUGACUGCAGCCGGGCAGGCGACUACUUGGCAUUCCUCUUCUUCUGGCAACCUUAAACUGGCCGUUGGCGUGCUUCAUCCCUUUUCUCGGUGUUUUAUCAAUUACAUUGAUGUGAAGACAAGGAUUCUCAGUGUGGUUUUGCUGCAGCUGUCCAGAAGAACAGGGCUCUCCAACCGUGGUGACUUUAAGCUGGUGGACUUCAACUCCCAGCAUAGCUGGCUGAGGAAUUCUGGGAGUUGAAGUCCACAAGUCUUAAAGUCGCCAGGGCUGGAGACCCCUGCAGAAGAAAAUACGGCCACUGAAGUGACAGGGUGGGACCUAUGGUCCACCAAGGGAGCUCCACCUCGGAGGGGGCCAGAGUGGGGGGGCUGCUGCUGCUGAAAGGCCCUCAGACCAGGCCUGCAAAAGGCAGCCUGCCUUCAAGCAGCAUUCUCCCCAGGCGAGGACCCAAUUCUCACCUGAUUUUCAGUACAAUCAUGAAAAAGAUUCUACUAAGAGCACUUGAAAGAAAACUCUUCUCAGGAAAAUGCGGAGGCAACCAAGGAUGUGAUUAAGCUUUUUUUUGGGGGGGGGGGGGGGAAGACUGUAAUAUUUCCUAAAAUCUAAUUGGGAAAGGGCUGUGCCUAUCUGGGAGAAAUGGGGGGGGGUCCACUCUUCAUGCAGGUAUCAUGGGGCCAAGAGCAGCUCUUAAGCUCCAACAGAUGGUUUCUGAGCCCGGUCAGACCGCCCCCCCCCCCCCCCCGGGAGCCUCUUCUGGGCUGUCAUUGGGAGCAGCUUGAAAGGAAGACCGCCUGGUUAGCCUUCUCGUAAUCCAAACCAAAUGGGAAUUUGCACACUUCUGUACUGGUGGCUGUUCUGUGCCAUUAUCACAUGGUUUUUGUUUAUUCCUGUAUUUUAUUUUAUUCUUUAGUUUCAAAUUCACUUUUUCUAGUGUUUAAAUUAUGGAAAUAAAAAAUUUAAACAAAA